ACGAACUCGGCUGAGGAUAUGAAGUGAUCUCCUAAAUAGCUUUAACUUCUAACAUUUGUGAAAUUAUUGUUGUCUCCACAAAAAUUUGUCAUCAAAAUAACAAAGGCUAAAAAUAACAAUACAGUUCUUAAAAAUAAUAUGUUAACUACGAUAAAUAUUGAAACCUAUUGAAAAAGUCUCGGAGGAUUACGGAAAAUAUCUAGAGAAAAUUCCGAAAACUCCUAUAAGUAAAUCACCAAGGAUCCCGAAAGUCCCACAAAAAUUCCGAAAGUUCCGCAGAAAAUUUAACACGGAUACUACCAAAAAGUACUGAAAAUCUACCUAAACACUACAAAUUGGGGAAAAAAACCGAAGAGAAAAUUCAAAGAACCCUGCAGACAGAAUAACGCCUACGAAUGCGAAUAUCCAAAAAUAAGAACUCAAAAACCAAGAAAAUUUGUGAGUGCACAGCAGGUGAUUUGCAACUAAGUCCGCCAUAUUAGCAAAGCAAAAAAGAACACUGCACUCCCUUUUUGAGUGUAGGUGUGUGUGUUAAAGUGUAUGCAUUUGCCCAACUCGUAAGUUUGCGAAGUUCACUAUGAAAACAAAACGCAAAUAGUGCCAAGCGGAUAUUUAAAUAUUUACAUACUAUUCGUUCAAAAAGUUAAGUGCUUGAAAACAUAAAAAAGUACAGGAAUUAAAAAAAUAUACGAGCGUAGUGUUGUGCAGUGAAGUCAUCCUCGUGCAGGAUGGAUGUGAAAGAUAUUAAAGGUGCCAAAGUGACGCACGCCGGUCUGCUGAAGCACAAUGCUGACGGCAGCACCGAAACGCAAAAGAUCACACACGCCGGCCUGGUGGCGCGCAGUCCCGAAGGAACAGCCGCCAAGGGCAUGAACAUACGCGGCAAUGAGGACUUGUGGGUGGAAAUACAGGCGAACACCUUUCGCAAUUGGGUGAAUGAGCAUUUGCGAUCGACAGGAAUGCAGGUCCACGACUGGGCUACCGACUUUUGUGACGGCACUUGCCUCUGUGCCCUAGUGGAGAAUCUACAAACCCGUCCACUUAAGCCAUCAUGGAAUCGCCGUCCAGCGAAUCAACAUCAUUACCUGGAAAAUGCUACAACGGCGCUAAAUGCCAUCGAAAAGGAUCACAUCAAGCUGGUGAACAUCGGCAAUGUCGACAUUGUCAAUGGCAAUGUAAAACUCAUUUUGGGCCUUAUCUGGUCGUUAAUUGUGCGUUACCAAAUUGGACGCAGCAAGUUCCCGCCCAGAAAGCUUAUGCUCGCCUGGCUGCAUGCCGCAUUGCCCGAGUGCAAGAUCACCAAUUUGACAACAGACUGGAAUAGUGGUGUUAACUUGGCUGCAUUGUUGGACUACUGUCAACCGGGACUAUUUCCACAUUGGCGCUCGCUAGAUCCUAGUCAGAGUGUGCGCAAUUGCACGAAUGCCAUGAAUUUGGCGCAAAGUGAGUUCGGUGUGCCAAAAGUAUUGGAGCCGGAAUAUUUGGCUUCGCCGUGGUUGGAUGAAUUAUCUGGCAUGACAUAUCUCUCGUACUUUAUGAAACCUGGUGGACCGGGUUACAAUGCAACCUUGCGUUGGGUGAACACACAAACAAAGGAUUCUGUUAAGAAUUUUACGAGUGACUGGAAUGAUGGACGCGUUAUGUGUGAGAUCAUUAAAGGACUGGGCGGACCGGCACCUGCGCCCGAAAAACUCAGCACCGAUCCUUUCCAUUAUGAGAACAAUAUACGCAAAGCAGUCGAGGCUGGUCAGCGUCUAGGCGUACAACCCAUACUCACGCCCAAGGACAUGGCUAACCCUGAAGUAGAGCAUUUAGGCAUAAUGGCUUAUGCCGCGCACUUGCAAUGGGUGCCACCGCGCCCACCACUUUCUGACCUCAUAAACGUACUUAUGGAAAGCAAUUCUGGACGCGUCGGCGAGCCGACUCACUUCCGCAUCGAUGUGCUCUCGCGUGACAUUAGCCUUAGCACGGUGAAAGCUUUUGUAGUACCGCCAUCAGGUCAACCACAGCCGGUACGUUUAAAUCCACAUGGCGAGGGUGUCUACAUACCCGAAAAGUACGGCAUGCACGAGAUUAUUGUAGAGAUCGGCGAGGACAGCUUGGGCGGACACUUCUUCCGUGUGCUGCCACGAUUUAUACAAGUAGCGCCACCAGGUAUGGCACCCUGUGCACUCGGCAGUCUUGUUGAAGUGCUGGUAAAUGCAACCGGCGCGCCAAAGACCGAAGACAUACUGGUCACAGCCGUCUCGCCGACUGGCAUCUCGCACAACUGCCCAUUGAAGAAGGUCGACGAAGGACACAGUGCCAUAUUUAAGCCGGACGAAGCGGGAAUCUGGGAAAUCGCCAUCACCUAUCAGGGUCGUCACAUACAGGGCGGACCAUUCACUUGUGCCGUCUUCGACGCCAGCGGUGUCUCUGUGCAUGGUUUGGAUGGCGCUAUGCCAUUGCGCGCGCACUCCUUCGAAGUGGAUGCGCGCGGCGUUGGCGUCACUGGCGAACUGCAUGUGGACAUUGUACAUGAUAAGCGCUCGCUUGUAUGUUCCGUUGAGAAGAUUGUCGAAAAUAAAUAUAGGGUCACUUUCAUGCCACGUCAUAAUGGCAAAUAUCGUGUCUAUGUAUAUUUCAAUGGUUACGAUGUGAAAGGCUCGCCAUUCAUUAUGCGCGUCGGCACCAAGGGCCGCUCGGGCAAAACGCGCAGUAGUCCCUUGCACGAGAGCAAACAUCGCUCGGAGAGUCCUUCAAUGCAUUACACCUCAACUACAAAUACAAGGCACAACGACUACAGGAAUGCAACAUCCGCAGCGACAGCCUCGCUAUCGCGGCGAGAUUUAUUGAAUCACAAUAGCUCGGAACGGCAGAGAUCAUAUUCACCACAGAUAUCGCCGAAGGUCGAUGCAAACGACUACCGCACCACAUCGAGCUACUACAAAAGGGAGAGUGAGGACGAAUUGGCAACAUCCACUCCACCACCACUGGCUCCCCAAUAUCUCACACGCGAUCAACACAACAAUUCGCCUAAUACUAAAUAUUUCAAUUCGACCGAUUUAUAUACCCUAAAUACUGCACGCCGUGACUCGAAGGUAUCUUCGAACUCUUCGACAACCAAGAACGACUACUACUACGACAAAGAGAAUGAGUUGUACUCGUAUCAUCGUAAACGUAAAGAUCGUGACUUGAAAUUGGCACCACCGCGCGAAGAACGCUUCGACGACUCGCCAACGCAGGCGCCAUCGCUUUACCAACAAUUCCAUGUGCUGCAGCAGCAGCAGCAACAACAGAGUCACACCGCCAGCGCCAAGGCGGCAAGCACUUUUACUACGACACGUCUCAGCCCGAUACCUAGCAUACGCUCGAGUGAAGUACGCACCCACAGUCCAUUGACAAUUAAAACUUCGAUUCCAUAUGAAUCGAAUCCGCGCAAUUUAAGCAACAGUCCACGACACACCUCGAUUUCGCCGGUGCAACGAUAUUCGCCUAGCAACGCCUACAUUUCAACAGCCACACAUCGAAUCGGCAGCCCAGUCACAACUCUGAAUAAGAACGGUCUUAACCGCUCCGACUAUGAAACUUCUCGCACUGUUGAAAAAUCGUCCACAUACAAAUCGACCUCUAACUACGUUUCCGAUUCGAAUGUACGUGCCAGCCCCUCGCUCUACACAACUGCCGAGCGCUUGCGUCGCACUGCCUCACCCGAACCGCGCAUCGAUCAUUCGUCGAAUGUGCGUGUGUCAUCGGUUAAACCGACAACGGCACGACGCGAUAGCUGGGAUGUUAUCAAUAAAACCAAGCAUAUGCUUUCACAUAAUUCGCUCGAAUCUUUGGCAAAUAUGACGGAAAAGCAAUUAAAUACGGACCUCUCGUAUAAUCGACCCGAUAUCGAUCACGAAACACAUCGCAAUACACAAUACAACAAAUUCGCAUUACAAGAACAGAAAUAUCACUCAGAUCGACGUGGAUCACGUGAUUCUGUCGAUGAUGUGGAACGUUACAAACCCAGUGCCAUUACAGUGAAAUCACACUCGAACAACACUUAUACCGACAAAUCAGGUGGCUAUACAAAAACUGUUAAGGAAUCUAGUGAACACGUUGUUACGGAGCGCACUUCUGGUGGUACGGGCGCUGGAAAUGGUCAAUAUGGUUAUAGUUCAUUAUCGCGAUUUCGACCCAUAGACAACAAUGCAACCGGAGCGCGUGCUAUACGUGUACAAGAUAUACCAAACGGUGCCAUUGGACGUCCCGUAGAAUUUGAGAUUGAUGGCUCAAAGGCGGGUUCGGGAAAUUUGGAAAUACUCGUCAAUGGUGGGCGUGUCACAUCGUCGGUGCGUUCGCUGGGCGGUCAACGCUUUGUAGCUAGCUUUACACCACACGAGCCGGGCAUACAUACUGUGCAGAUAACUUUCAAUGGAGAAACAGUGCCGGGCUCACCGUGGCACGUUGAAAUCAUGUCUACACCCGGUCUAACAGCACUGGGCGAAUCGACACGCCUUGUACCCGCCAAUACGCCGGCGGUUUUUGAGAUACUGCCGCCUCCUGGACAAAGCCUAAGCAAGGGCGAGUGCGUGGCUACAGUUUUGACGCCAACUAAGUCCAAACUGAAUGCCAGAGUCACCCACGAGGCGGCAAAUGGUGCUGCUCGCAUCGAAUUCGUGCCCACCGAAGUGGGUACACACAUCAUUGAGGCAUCGAUUAAUGGCACAAAAAUUGCCGGAGGCCCACUAAUAGCCAAGGUCUACGAUGCCAGUUUAAUACAAGUGACCGAUGUGAAUGGCGGUGUUGUCGGGCAACCGUGUCAAUUCCGUGUCGAUGCAAGCGCUGCUGGCGAAGGUCAGCUAGAGAUAUCGAUUAAUGAAGGCGAAGUACCAAAUCACGUCCAGGUAGUAGGCGGUGGACGUUGUUUGGUCUCCUUCACACCCGAACAGGCCAAGUCACAUUUGAUCGAUAUAAAAUUUAAUGGUGAAACUGUACGCGGUUGUCCAUUCGUAUGCGCAGUCGCAGAUACUUCGCGCGUCAUGUUGAAUCUUUCAAAUCUUGAAUUGAUAACCGUAAAUCGGCCGGCGUCGUUUCAUAUCACCGUAAGUGGUGGUGGUGCUGCUGAGCUGGCCGUUAGCGUACGCGGUCCGCAAGGCGAGCUGCCCGUACGCGUCACUGGCGAUAUACAUGCCGGCUUCACAGCCGAAUUCACGCCCACUACAGUUGGUGGUCAUUCGAUAAAUGUUGAGUAUAAUGGCUUCCCUGUGCAAGGUACGCCUUUCUUGGCGAAAUCCUACGAUGCAACUAAAGUGGCAGUGGGCAGCGUAUCGCGUGGCACUGUCGGGCGAUCAGUGCAAUUUACAGUGGACGCUGGCGAUGCGGGCGAGGGUAAUUUGGAGAUUACGAUAUCGGCAAAGGGUCAAAAUAUACCGACACAGGUGCAUCCACAAGGCAGUGCAAGAUUCUCCGUUUCGUUUGUGCCAACUGAGGCGUGUGAGCACACCAUCAAUGUCACUUUCAAUAAAAUGCCGGUGCCCGGCUGUCCGCUAACCGUGAACAUUAGUGGCGGCAUGUCUGGUCCGCAAGUGUCACUCGGUGGGCCCGGUCCGGUGCAUCAGCCGAAUUCUUUUGUUAUCAAUCACGCUGGCGGUCGCUUGGAAGACAUCGAGGUCAAUGUGGAAGGACCUGCCGGCCAGUCAGUGCCUGCACAGGUCCACCAAACCUCGGAGGGCAUUUUCAAGGCUGAGUUCGUGCCACGCGUAGUCGGCGAACAUCGUGUGAAUGUCACCGUCAACGGUUUGUCCACCGCGGGUAGCCCCUAUGCAGCUAAGGUCUACGACGUGAAUGCCAUCAAAGUGAAGAAUGUCAGCAAUGGCACAGUCGGCAAGCCAGUCACCUUCCUUGUAGAGACGUCCCAAGCUGGCCCUGGCAAUCUUGAGGUCACCGUGAAUGGCGGACGUGUACCGACUUCGGCGCAAGCGCAAGGACAACACACCUACGCCAUUAGUUUUACGCCGCGUGAUGCACAAAAUCACACAGUCGAAUUGCGUUUCAACGGACAAGAUGUACCCGGCUCGCCGUUUACUUGUCGCGUCUCGGCCGCUGCGCGUAUACAAUCGCCAGAAACCUUGGAUAAGGUUAGCGUUGGACGGCUGUUUGAGUUUGCCGUGGAAUCAGACGCGGAACCCAUUGUCGAGGUACUUGGGCCGGCCAGGCGCAGCGUGCCUGUCAAUAUCGAUCCAUUGGAUAGCAUUGGUUAUAAUAUCAAAUUCGAGCCUGUCGAAGUGGGCGAUCACUCGGUGGAAGUGCGCCUGCCUGGUGGCAGCCACGUAGAGGGUAGUCCCUUCUUGCUCAAAGCCUAUUCGGCCGAGAAGGUUAUUGUUACCGACAUACGUCCCGGUGUGGUAGGCAAGAGCGUCAGUUUUGGCAUUAAUGCCAGUCAAGCUGGUGCGGGCAACUUGGAAAUUAUAGUGGCCGUUAAUGGCAAAAACGUGCCGAACUAUGUACAAUCCGAAGGUAAUGCGCGCUUCAAAGUUAAUUUCAAACCCACGGAGGCAGCACCACACUCGCUUUCGGUGCGCUUCAACGGUCAUCCCGUGCCCGGUUCACCAUUCACUUGUCAGAUUGCUUCUGCCCCGAUGAGUUUACCACGCGCUUUAGCCAGCGGCGAAGGUCUGAAACAGGCAGCUAUAAAAGUAGAUAAUACAUUCGAGCUAGAGGGCUUCGAAGGCAUUGAGCCGCAAGUGUUUGUUACCACGCCAUCCGGCGACAAUAUUAUUUGCCAGUUAACCCCACAAGGAGGCGACGCCUAUACAGCUGCAUUCCAACCCACAGUAGUGGGCCGACACUUGAUAAGCGUAACAGCCAAUGAUAAGCACAUUAAUGGUUCGCCGUUUUCGUGCAAUGUCUUCGAUGUUUCACGCGUAAGCAUCAGCGGCUUGGAUCAGCAAUAUGGGCCAGCUGCAUUGGGUGUGCCUGUAACUUUCAGCGUAGAUGCCGCUGGUGCGGGCGAAGGCACCCUUGAGUUAGUUGUCUCCACAGACACGAGCACUGUAAAGGCGGAGGUUGUUGCAUGCGCGCGUGGCCUCUAUGACGUCACCUUCGUGCCGCAGACCACAGAACCACACUAUGUGAAUAUCACAUUCAAUGAAGUGCCCGUCGACGGCAGUCCCUUCCGCGUAGAUAUACAACAAACUACCCAACACAUACAGAUUGGCAGCUUAGCGACCAUCGACUUUCCAACAGAUGAUCAAAUCGCCGAAAUUGUGGGACCCGAUCACAAGCCAGUACCAUAUACCAUCACAAGGCAGACAGCCGAGUUCCGUACACACAUGACCGGCAAUUACUUGAUACGUUUUAUUGAUCGCGACACACGUCAACACAUAGGCACGCGCACACUGACCGUUUUCGAUCCAGCGCUGGUGAAGAUCACGGAAGUGGGUGAAUCGGUUUGCCAGCGACCAGCCAGCAUUUCAGUGUCGCUCAAUGAAGCUGGACAAGGCGAACUAUCGGCAAUGGUCAAGUGUGGUGCUUCUGAAGUGCCACAUUCCAUACGCGGUCCGUCCAAGAACGGCAUUUAUGAGAUUGUCUAUCACCCAACGCGUGUAGCUCCACACAAGAUAACUAUACUGUUUAAUGAAGUGCCGAUCUCGUUGAAACCGCUUGAGAUCAAUGUGCUGCCAGCGAACGUUGGCAAGGAGAUUAGUGUAUCUGGAUUGGGUUUGUAUCAGUCGCGUGUUGGCAAGACUACGUCAUUUGCCAUUGAUACGCUGAAGCGAGCAGCCCGCGAAUUCGACGUAGUCGUUUCUGGGCCAGGUGGACAAGCACUACCUGUGCGCUGUUAUCAAACCAAGAGCGGUCAUCUGCAAGCUGAAUUCACAAUCAACAAGCCAGGACAAAGCAUAAUUGAGGUUCUCCACCAAUCGAAGCCACUACCAGGCAGUCCAUUCACCUGCGAGGCCUUUGACACCAGUCGUGUUGUGGUUCAAGGUGUGCCCAAGGGCCAGUUAGCGUUGCAUAGCCCCAUCUGUUUCUCAGUGCGCACCGAGAAUGCCGGUAUUGCUGAACUAGAGGCAUUUGCCGUCUCUCCAACCAAUCAAAAUCUGCCCGUUCACAUUACUGAACAGUCCGAGGGCAUCUACAGCGUUGAAUUCGUGCCAUCACAACCAGGUGCUUACAAACUGACUAUCAUGUUUGGCGGCGAGACAGUACAGGGUUCGCCAUUCACCUUCACCGCCUCGGCGACAGGCGUGAAAACAGAUACACGCGCUGCCGGCAAUGGACUCGAAGUUUGCCAGCGCAACAAAGAAGCCUCUUUCAUUGUCUACUGUCCGAUUGCGCCAAAUGUGCAAAUCGAACGGGUGGACGAGUUUGGCGAACGAAUUGAACCGAAAAUUAAGGCUCUGGGCAACAACGAAUGGCGCAUUUCAUACACUAUUCUGUCCGUGGGUCAUUACGAAAUACGCGCUAGCUGCCCAAAUCGUGGCAAUUUACCGGGCUCUCCAUGGAGUGUUUCCUGUGUGGAAACAUCAAAGAUCACACCUGUCGGCGGCUGGGGUACACUACUCGAUCACGACGGCCGUCUCAUCUUGCCGGCUCGUAUAGUUUUCGAUGUCGAGAAUGCUGGCCCCGGCGAGUUGGCCUGCUCAAUUGAUGGCAUUGAAAUUCCUGUCGACAAAUUAAAUGAUGGCAAAAUGCGUAUCUAUAUUACCGCUGACAAUCUGGCACCAGGCGAGCACGAUUUGGAUCUCACUUGGAGUGGCCUAACCAUUGUGCAAUGUCCGCGCAGUGCUUUUGUGACCGGUCAACAAGCGGCCGAUAAGGUGGUGCUUACGGGACGCGGUCUGGCUGCCGCACAAGCCGGCGAGGCGGCACAUUUCACUAUCGAUGCCACAAAUGCGCCCGCUGGGCGCCCGGAAGUCAUAUUGGUGCAUCAAGACAACACUUCCGUGCCGGUGAGUUUGGCACAACCGCGACCAACAGAAAAUAUCUGGCUGGCCUCGUAUACGCCGCAAAAGUCCUCCUCGGGACCGCUAACAUUAUCCGUGAAAUGGAAUGGUCGUCUAGUUAAAGGCUGCCCGCUCACAGUUGCUGUCGGUUCGUCGAUGGAUGCCUCGAAAGUAAUUUGCUCAGGAGAGGGUCUACGUCAUGGCAUUGUUGGUAAAGACAUUAAGUCUUGGAUUGAUACACGACGUGCCGGUCCCGGCGAAUUGACCGCUCAUUGCGCAGGUCCACGUAAAGUGGCCUAUUGCGAAUUGUAUGAUCAUGGUGAUGCUACGUUUACACUGAACAUCAAGCCGCAGGAGCCCGGUAGACAUUUGCUGACGAUCAAAUAUGGCGGUCAAAAUGUGCCAGGCUCGCCGUUUGCUCUAAAGGUCGCCGGAGCACCUGACGCUAGCAAGGUUCGCGUCUACGGCCCCGGCAUUGAGCAUGGCGUGCUGGCCACCUUCCAAUCUCGUUUCAUCUGCGAUACGCGCGGCGCUGGCGCUGGUCAGCUAACAGUGCGUGUACGUGGUCCCAAGGGUGCCUUCCGCGUGGAAAUGCAGCGUGAGAGUCAAAAGGAUCGCACCAUUUUGUGCAAGUAUGAUCCCACAGAACCAGGCGACUACCGCGUCGAGGUUAAAUGGGCUGGUGAAUUUGUGCCAGGCUCACCAUUCCCAGUUAUGAUAUUCGACACUGAAGAAGAGUUACGCCGUUACUUGCAAGGUAUAUGAGGCCAGAGUAGUAUUAGCACAAUUAUACUGCCCAGCCCUGCCCUCAGUCAAUUAACCCAACAUUCCCAACAUCAGCAACAAAACCAACACCAACAUCCACAAGCAUCAUUACAACAAAUGCAACAUAAUACAUUACCGGCAUCACCGCAACAAUAUCAUCGCUCCCAACAACAAUUGCGUCUAUCGCCAAUGCUGGGCAGUCAGUUACUGAAUCAGCAUUACAUAAGCAAUCCCGAUUUUAUGUAUGAAAUGGGUUCGCGCAGUUGUUUGCGACGUCGCUGUCGACAGGAUAGCAAUUGUGUGUUGCUCUGACAAUAAGUGCUCACAUACAUACAUACUACUUAGUAUCUACAUAUGCAAUUAUUUGGUUCCAAUUUUUUUUUGUUUUUUGUUUUUUUUGAAGCAUUGAACUGUUUAUUCUAAAGUUGUUUAAACAGAAAAAUUUUCAAGAGCAAAUGAGCACAAUGAGCAUAAUAUGUACAAUAACGGUUCACCAAGGUAACUCUGCGGCUACAUACGAUACUAACUACAAACUGGUCACACAAAGCGAAAACAAAAACGACAACGAAAACGAGAGAGGGCAGCUCACAGUAAUCCGAAAUAAAAGUGAGGCAUUAUUUUAUUAAUUUAAUUUUUAAGAAAAAUAUACAAAAAUAUAUACAAACAUAUGUACUUAUAAUAAAAAAAAAUGUGCUUGCUUAGCAAAAGCGCAAAGAAAAACGACAAUCCCCGCUUACAACGAAAUCUUCCCCAUUUGUUAGAAAUGCAAAAACUAAAUUUUUAAGAUAUAAAGCAGCCUAAAUAAACCCAAAUUUAUUUACCUAGUUUAUAAUUAUUUCCAUUAUGGAGUGAAAAAAUACCCAAAAAAAAAA